AUGUUCAUCCGAACAAACGUUGCGAGGCAAAACUGCCGACUUGGCCGUUCUAUAGCACGACUGUCUAACAUAUCCGAACCGCGAUGCCACCUGCCCGCCACCCAAGCGACGGCCCUGCCUGCAAGCAGCCGCCUUGUCGCCACCAGCUCUUCGUCCCCGCCGCCCUGGCGAAGGUCCUCAGCUAGCCAUCCGACCUACUCCCCUGAGCGCGGGCUUGCUACAGUCGUGGGCGAUGCCAUGAACGCCCAAGGUGAAUCCCAGAGAAUCUAUGAUCUCAGGGCUUUCGAGCCGGCCAUGGCCACAAUCCUACGAGAGCCGACACGGCCGCCACCCGCCCCAAAAACGACCAACAAGGGAAUACCGGGCGACUUUGAGACUGCCCUCCCGGUCUUCGACGCCUGCCUGCAAGUUGGAAAGCUGGAGAGGGCUGGGGCAGUCCUGGCGCGUGUCGAAGCGAACGGCCAGGCUAGCCCAGAGGCUCUGAUGGACAUGAACAACAGAUAUCUCGAGGCGUGGCUGAAAGACCUCAAGUCAAACCCGGGGCUAGGCAAGGCUGAGGAUCUGCAUGCCUGGUAUGAGCUGCACAUCCACGGUGCUCAACUGCCACAGACACCCGACACAGUCGCCUACAUGCUGAAGGCAUCGCUGUUGACCACCCCCACGACGGAGAACCCGCAAGGUCUGUCGAGAUUGGAGAGACUUGUCAAGCGGUACAUGGAGAUGGUGACUCCGGAACAGGGGCUCAAAGUGCUCUACUGCAACGGCAUUUUGAACGACGCCGACGUUGCCACCAUAACCAGAUUCUAUCCCGAGUACAACAUCAAAUUCCAAUACACGGAGGAUGAUUCACCGAGCCUUGAAGAAAUCUCGCCCAACUCCUCCUUCCACACGGGCGACACAGUCGAGGCCACAGGGGACAAAGGCUCCCUGCCAGACGUACUCCCCACACCCCAAAAAGGCAUGGGCCUCCACUCGAUCAGGGCCACGCUCGAUAUCUUCCAAAAAAUGAGAGACGGCUAUGAUAUAUCGACUCUACCCUUCCACGAGAGACGGGAAUUCCAGUCACGGCUGGAGCGCGACUGCAUCGAUGUGGCUGUGGAGCGAUGGAGGCAAGAGCACGAUGCGCUGUGCCAGAAGGGUCUGGCCACAUCUAUAACUGCGCCAGCUCUCAACGCCCAUGUCUGGACAUGGCAUCAAGACCUGGAGCGCCGCAUCCAGAAGGAGUUUGAUGCGAUAGCGGAAACAGAGAAGCUGGCCAAGAACGGUGUACAAGACCUCGACCGCUGCGUGUAUGGCCCUGUUCUCCAGCAGUCCACGCCCGCACGACUAGCCGCAGUCACCAUUAUGACCACCAUAAGCUCCUUUGCCUUCACAGGGGCCGACAAGGGUCUUUUGACGAGCACCCUGGUGAACCACAUCGCGAAGAUUGUCGAAGAGGACAUCCAGUCCAAGUUACGGGUGGAGAAAGAGCAAAAGGAGGCCCGGAAGGCCAAGGCACAUCGACUACUGAUGAAGCAACUCGAGUCCAUGGGAGGCAUCGAGGCUGGCCCAGUGCAGGCUGACAACUUAUCGACGCCUGUUACCGAUGGACCGUCUCCCGAUAUUCUUCCAUCUACUGUUGCGCCAUGGUCGCUAUCUAUGAAGGCGAAGAUCGGGGCGAUUCUGCUUUCUUCGCUAGCCGAAGUACUCAGAGUGCCUGUCAGCCGCGAGCAUCCCGAGACCAAGGAGACGAUAACGGCAAUGCAGCCUGGACUGGUGCAUACCACACAAUUCAGAAAGGGCAGGCGUGUUGGCACAGUCAUGCCGCAUCCCCGGUUGAGUGAGAUGAUGCGCGAGGAACCUCGAGGUGAUUUCUUGGCAAGACACCUGCCAAUGGUUGUUGAGCCGUUGCCUUGGACUGGUUUCGAAAAGGGUGCCUAUCAGGAAUCCCCGGUACCUAUGGUCAGACUCAAGGCCGGCGAGAAAGAUCAACGACUGUACGCAGAGGCUGCCAUCGCGAAAGGUGACCUGGACCAGGUUGCCAAAGGCCUGGAUGUUUUGGGAAGAACAGCAUGGCGGAUCAACCGACCCGUGUUGGCUGUCUUCCUCGAGGUGUGGAACUCAGGUGAAGCUCUUGCCGAUAUCCCGCCACUGCACCCGCAGAUUCCGGUCCCCAAGGAGCCCGAGCCAUCCAGUGACUCCCUCGUGCGGCGCAAUUGGAUCAAGGAAAUCAAGACUGCCCAAAACCUCAAGCAGUCAUAUCACUCCGUCCGCUGUUUCAUGAACUUCCAACUUGAAAUUGCAAGAGCAUACCGGGACCAGGAAUUCUUCUUCCCUCACAACGUCGAUUUUCGAGGGAGGGCAUACCCCGUCCCGCCAUAUUUGAACCACAUGGGUGCGGAUCACGUCCGUGGUCUUCUCAGGUUUUCCAAAGGCAAAGAGCUCGGUGAGCGAGGCCUGGUGUGGCUCAAAGUCCAUCUAUCAAAUGUCUACGGUUACGACAAGGCCAGUCUCAACGACAGGGAAACCUUUACUAUGAAGAACCUCGACAACGUUUUUGACUCCGCCCGCAACCCACUCAAGGGUAAGAGAUGGUGGCUUGAAGCUGAAGACCCUUGGCAGUGUCUCGCGGCCUGCAUGGAGCUCACCGCUGCGCUGGAGUCUCCAGACCCGACCAAGUUCGUCUCGUCCCUCCCAGUACAUCAAGACGGAACCUGCAAUGGCCUACAGCAUUAUGCUGCCCUCGGUGGUGACUCGUGGGGCGCUCGUCAAGUCAACCUGAUGCCGGGCGACAAACCCGCCGAUGUGUAUAGCGCUGUGGCCGACAUGGUUAUCAAAGAGCUCGACGAGGACAUGGCGCGCGGGAAUGCAAUGGCAAAGGCGUUGCAUGGGAAGAUCAAGCGCAAGGUCGUCAAACAGACUGUGAUGACUAAUGUCUACGGUGUGACCUUCGCGGGAGCGAAGAAGCAGGUCUUGAAGCAGCUCGACGCUCUCUACCCCGAACUGCGAAAACAGUCAGGCAUCGACCCUCCGCUCCUUUCCAGUUAUGUAACCACGAAGAUCUUCAAGGCUCUAUCCACCAUGUUCCGAGGAGCUCAUGAUAUCCAGAAUUGGCUGGGGGAAAUCGGAGGCCGCGUGUGCCGUGCCCUGACGGCGGAGCAGCUCAAGAAGAUUGAAGAGCAAGGGCUUGAGCAACCCACAAAAGGCCAAGGCAAAAACACGAGCGAAACCAUCCUCUCGAUGAUGCGAUCAACGAUCAUAUGGACGACGCCUCUUCGAAUGCCAAUUGUCCAGCCAUACCGGAAAACUAGCAGCACGGUAAUCACAACCUGCAUGCAAACCCUCGUGCUUAAUAAGCCAGACCGAUUCGACCCUGUGAACCGUCGCAAACAACUCCAAGCAUUCCCGCCCAACUUCAUUCACUCUCUUGAUGCCAGCCACAUGAUCUUGUCUGCGCUGGAGUGUGAUGCACUCGGCCUCACGUUCGCAGCGGUGCACGACUCCUUCUGGACGCAUGCUGCUGAUGUCGAUACAAUGAACACUGUCCUUCGUGACGCUUUCAUUCGCAUCCACAGCGAGGAUGUUAUCAAGCGCCUGGCCUCCGAAUUUGAGGUCCGCUACAAAGGAGGCUUGUACAUGGCACAAGUCGAAGCGUCCUCGGCGGUGGGCAAGGCCAUCUUAAAGUGGCGUAAAACAAACAAGACCACAUCAUCCACUCUGAGAGCCGAGUUGCUGCUUGAAAAACAGAGGCUUGACCUUCUCAGCUCCCCCAACGUAGCGGACCAGAAGAAGGGCCAGAAGAUGGUCACCCCAGGGAAAAUCUACGAGGAGUUCGCUUCGGAGCAGGACGUUGUCAAAGAGGAUAUGGGCGGCACGACACUCGGAAGCCUGUCCGCCACUACCACAAAAGCGAAAAGCGCCACUGCGGAAGAGACCGACGAGCUGGCUGAGGAGGCGGAUCUUGAUGAGAUGGACGGCGAGACGGUCUUAGAGGCUGAGACUGACGCUCCCUCUGCUGAGCCUGACUUCCAGAAGUUUUACACCACUGUGUCACACUUUGAGGAGAAGUUGACCGGGGCACGUCCUAGGACGCAGAAGGUGAAGAAGUACAUAUCACUUUGGAGCCCGCUCACAUUCCCCGACAUCCCCGAGAAAGGCGACUUUGACGUCAAUAAGUUGAAGGACAGCGCAUACUUCUUUUCAUGA